UUCUCACAGUUUCUUUUUGGAAGAGGUGCACCGAAAGGCGCUUUCAACCGGACACGAGCAGACGCAGAGUGACACUUAAACGGCGCGUGUCAUCGUCAUCUGCAGGCCAUCUGUGAGGAGAACCAACGUGGAUUUGGAAGUUUCUUGGGGGGGCUAGAUGGGCAUUAUUCGGUGCAAAGUUUGAGCACCACUGUUCUAAGACAUCAGCAUGAAACUAUUGCUCACAUGAGGCCUCGCAUUGAUCAUAUGGUAUUGCCUUAAUGUGAUGGGCAUAAACCGAGAGCGUUUUAUUUGUAUAGUGUAAUGUUGAUUGAUUUUGAGGGCGAGUCAGCCUUAAGACCCCGCUCUUCCUCAGUGGCGGCGCUGCUGACGGGGCAAAAAUGACUCGAUAUGAUUAUGUGGCUGGUACAUUGAAGGAAUCCAUCAACGGCACUGCGGCAGGCUCGCAUCCUAAUAAUACUCACAAAAGCUAUACACUCAAUCAAAAGGUGACACACACACACACAAACACACACACAAACUCACUUCAUCAAUGACAUAGCGUUGUUUAUCUGGCCACAUCUCAACAACAUUAGAUCAUUCAAAAGAGUCAAACCCCAAGUGUAGAUCUGACCCAUAGUUUUGUGAUUUCCCCUGGCUCAAAGGUAUUUGAACAACUAACCUUUUUUGAUCAAUUACAUCUUGGAGGUACAAUCACAGUGCUGCACAAUUUACAAUCUGACACUUUCCUGGUGGUGUGCCAUUGAAGUCAAACAUACAUUUGAUAAGUUUUGCUUUAUUUGCUCAACUAAAUAGCAUCACGACCAAAACAAAAUCAGUGAGGAAAAUUCUCCAAAAUGUUGACCACUCAUGGAACAAAUUUCAACACACUGAACAAUUGAUAGUCAGAUUAUUUUACCUAUUUUUUUAAUUAAAUUUUUGUUUUAAUAAAAAUGAACACAAUAAGUAUCUAAAUGAGUUUUAUUCAAAUAAAUGGCUAAAGAAUGUGAUUACAAAAGUGUCCACACCCUUACAAAUGGGCUGUGGCUGUGUUUAGAAUUAAUCAAUUACAUUCAAACUUAAGUUAGAAUGGAGUCGCACAUGCCUGUCUCAAUUUAACAAGUCUCUCACAGAAAUAGAUGUUUGGAAAAACUCAAAAACAGAGGAACCUCCGUCCGUCAAUGCGUGGAUUCCUGUCUGUGAGCAUCUGAUGAGGUGGCCGUGGGGGUACCUCACACACUGAGUGGGCGGGAGGUAAGCUGAGGUGAGGUGAGGGAGCCCGAGUGGAUAAAGAGAGGAGCCGGGAGACGCACCCAAGUGACUGCUGGAAAGCUUCAUAAGAGGAUCCAUUUCAUCAUGAGCUUCCAAGUGGUGCUGCUGUCCUUUCUCCUGGCAUCUGUGAGCUGGUCCAAAGGAGCUGUCAUCACAGGAGCUUGUGAGCGAGACAUGCAAUGUGGCCUGGGUCUGUGCUGUGCCGUCAGUCUGUGGUUGAGGGGCCUGAGGAUGUGCAUCCCGAGGGGUACCGAAGGCGAUCUAUGCCACCCGCUGAGCCACAAGGUGCCCUUUUUUGGUAAAAGGCAGCACCACACGUGCCCCUGCCUCCCCCACUUGGUGUGCACCCGCUACGCCGGAAGCAAGUACAGAUGCACAGAAGACUACAAGAACAUAGACUUUCAAUAAAAGGGCCAGAGGAUCCCUUUCAAGACUUUUGGGGACGAAAAACACAUCCUGGCGACUCUUUACGUAUAUACUAGCAGUGUUGGGCAAAGUACCACCUGUCUGUCCAUUUUGCAAAUGUAAAUGGUAUUGAUGUCAGUUGCACAAUACAUUUGAAUUGUCUUGAUUGUAGUCAUGCACUUCAUGCCUCAAGGAGCCAUAGAAGCCACGUCAGACACAUUCAAGGUUUUGUGACUCAUUAAAGUAUUUGUUGUACUGUAUGUUGCUAAUUUAUCACAGGACUGUACACUGAUCUUGCCAAUAAAAGAUGAAACGACAUACCA